AUGGAUAAAAUGUUAGAGGAUGGGCCAUGGAUGAUAAGAAAUGUUCCGAUUAUCUUGAAGAUGUGGUCGGCCUCUAUCAAACUAGAAAAAGAGGAUAUUAAAGCUAUUCCGGUGUGGGUAAAGAUGCACGAUGUGCCGCUAACAGCUUAUACCGAGGAUGGUCUUAGUUUGAUUGCAUCAAAGAUAGGGGUGCCUAAGAUGUUGGAUACGUAUACUGCUACGAUGUGUGCUGAAUCUUGGGGAAGAAGUAGUUACGCUAGAGCUCUUAUUGAAGUGCAGGCGGGGGCUGAAUUAAAAAGAAGUGUCACUGUUGCCAUUCCAUCUUUAGAUGGUAAUGGUUAUUCUAAGGUGGAAGUCAAAAUUGAAUAUGAUUGGGAGCUUUUAAGGUGUUUGUCUUGCUGCGUUUUUGGUCAUGAUGAUAGUUCGUGCCCAAAGAACCCUCAGGUUGUUCCGAAUGGGGAUUAUGGAAAAAAUGGUGAUGAUUUUCAGGUUGUGGGUGCUAAAAAGAAGAAAGCUACUACUCAAGGGCUUCAUAUAAAAAAUCAAAAACCUAAGGUAGUCUAUCGUCCAGUUGCCAAACCUAAACCGAAUUCGGCUGUGAAAAAUUCGAAUCAGGUUUCAACGUCGAACCCUUUUGAUAGUCUUAAAGAUGACGAUGGUAAUGGUACCAUGGUGGGUCGAGUGGCUGGUAAUCAGGGAGGUACCACCGUGGGUCGGGUUGAGAAGAAACCUUCGAGGGACAGGCAAGAAUCGGAUGAGGAGGAGGUCGAAGAAGUCUACAACGAAACUAGUGCAUUCAUGACAUCGGAAAUCUUAUUACUUCUUUGGAUUGCCGAUUUGCAUCAGGGUUUCAGCAAGAUCAACUCAUUGUCCGUUUCAGUUUAG